AUGGUUGCUUCAGUUCAUUCAUCUCUUGCUCGUUCUCUCUUUCUCUCACUUGGCUUAUUUCCCUCUAUCUCUCUUGCUCUCAGAAUGUUCAUCACACACGCUCUCUCUCUCUCUUUCUCUAUUCAUCUGUCUAUUUCUUUUUCCCAGUCCGUUCAUUUAUAUCGCUCACAGUUUCUCCCAGCCUCUUCAUCUCUCUUUUUCUCCGAGCCUCUUCAUCUGUCUGUUUGUCUCUCUUUCUCCGUUCAUUUCUAUCUCUCUCGCGGUUUUCCCAGUCUGGUCGUCUCCCUCUCAAGUCUGUUCAUCGCUGUCACUCUCCUUAUCUCUCAAUCUGUUCAUCUCUCUCUCUCUCUCUCUCUCAGCCUGUUCGUAUCCCCCUCUCUCUCCCAGUUUGUUUAUCUCUAUCCCUGUCAGCCUAUCUGCCGGCAUUUUGAUCUCUCUCUUUCUCUAAUCAUUUAUAUCUCUCUCACGGUUUCUCCCAGUCUGCUCGUCUCCCUCUCAGUUUGUUCAUUUCCGUCCCCCCUCUCUCUCUCUCUCUUUCUCUCUCUCUCUCUCUAUCUGUUCAUCUUUCUUUUCUUUUUUUCAGUCUGUUCGUCUCCCUCUCUCUUUCCCAGUAUGUUCAUCUCAGCCUCUCCAUUUUUUUCUUUCUCUAAUCAUUUCUAUCUCUUCCACUCUUUCUCACAGUCUGCUCGUCUCCCUCUGUUCUUCUUCAUCUCUCUCCCUCUCUCUCAAUCUGUUCAUCUCUCUCUCUCAGCCUGUUCGUCUCGUCCUCUCUCUCCCAGUUUCUCCAUCUCUAUUUCUGUCACUCUUCUCUCAGCCUCUUCAUCUCUCUUUUUCUCUCACUCUUUCUCACAAACUGCUCGUCACCCGAUCAGUUUGCUCUCCUCCCACUCUCUCUUUCUCUCUGCCUGUUCAUCUAUCUCCCUGUUUUAUCUCUGUCGCUCUUACUUCAUCAUCUCUUCUUUGUUCAUUUCUUUCUCACUCUUUCUAUCAGUCUGUUCAUCUUCCUCUCAGUCUGUUAACCUCUCUCUUUCAUCUCUGUCUCUCCCACGUUGUCUCUCAGUCUGCUUAUCUCCCUCCCAGUCUAUCCAUCUAUAUCUCUCUUUCAUCUCUGCUUCUUCCACUCUCUCUCUCUCUCUCAGUCUAUCUAUCUAUAUCUCUCUUUCAUCUCUCUCUUUCACCCUCUCUCUCUCUCAGUCUGCUCAUCUCCCUCUCAGUCUAUCCAUCUAUAUCUCUCUUUCAUCUCUGCUUCUUCCACCCUCUCUCUUAGUCUAUCCAUCUAUAUCUCUCUUUCAUCUCUCUCUUCCACCCUCUCUCUCUCUCUGUCUGCUCAUCUCCCUCUCAGUCUGUUCAUCUAUAUCUCUCUUUUAUCUCUAUCUCUUUCACCCUCUCUCUCAGUCCGAUCAUCUCCCUCUCAGUCUCUUUCAUCUAUCUAUUUCACCCUGCUUAUCUCCCUCCCUUUAUUUUCUCUCCUCGUCUGUUCAUACCCAUCUAUCAAUAUUAUGGCAAGUUUUAUAA